AUGAAGUCGAAGUCGAAGGCGAAGGCGAAUCCAGUGUCAAUGCCAAAGUUAAUCCUAGUCAGACACGGUCAAUCCGAAUGGAACGAAAAGAACUUGUUUACCGGUUGGGUCGACGUUAAGUUGUCCGCCAAGGGUGAACAAGAAGCCGCCAGAGCCGGUGAAUUGUUGAAGGAACACAACGUCAAGCCAGACAUCUUGUUCACUUCCAAGUUGUCCAGAGCUAUCCAAACCGCCAACAUUGCUUUGGAAAAGGCUGACUUGCUAUGGAUUCCUGUCGUUAGAUCCUGGAGAUUGAACGAAAGACACUACGGUGCCUUGCAAGGUAAGGACAAGGCCGAAACCUUGGCUCAAUACGGUGAAGAACAAUUCACCACCUGGAGAAGAUCCUUCGAUGUCCCACCACCAGUCAUUGACGACGCUUCCCCAUACUCCCAAAAGCAUGACGCUCGUUACAAGGACGUUGAUCCAAACGUUUUGCCAAAGACCGAAUCUUUGGCUUUGGUCAUUGACAGAUUGUUGCCAUACUGGCAAGAUUCUAUCGCCAAGGAGUUGCUAGCUGGUAAGACCGUUAUGAUUGCUGCCCACGGUAACUCUUUGAGAGCUUUGGUCAAGCACUUGGAAAACAUUUCCGAUGCUGACAUUGCCAAGUUGAACAUCCCAACUGGUAUCCCAUUGGUGUUUGAAUUGGACGACGAAUUGAAGCCAACCAAGCCAUCUUACUACUUGGACCCAGAAGCUGCCGCUGCUGGUGCUGCUGCCGUUGCUGCCCAAGGUAAGAAAUAG